UAACCUUUAACCGCCCAAAAUUUAACCCUAACUGCAAAACCACUUAACAGAAACCAUGAACAUUUACUUCAUCCUAGCUUCACUCUUGGUCUUGGCCUCUUUUUCAGUUAUUUUUUCCAUUGAUGAUGAUGUGAAGUGUCUUGAAGGUAUCCAGGCAUCUCUCAAAGACCCUAAAGGGGAGCUCUCCUGGUCCUUUCCCAAUACCACCGUCGCCGCAAUCUGCAAGCUAAACGGCGUGUCGUGUUGGAACGAGAAGGAGAACCGAAUCAUCGGUCUGGCUUUAAGUUCAAUGCAACUCUCCGGUCGACUGCCCGAGUCCUUGAACCUGUGUCACAGCUUGGAAACUCUAGAUUUCUCGAAUAACGAUAUCUCCGGGCCGAUUCCGACGGAGCUCUGCUCCUGGCUGCCUUACAUAGUGACACUUGAUCUCUCAAACAAUCAACUUUCCGGUCCCAUCCCAUCUCAGAUAGUUGGAUGCAAGUAUCUUAACAAACUUGUUUUAAGUAACAAUAAAUUGUCGGGUUCUAUCCCGUACGAAGUGAGCCGGUUGGAUCGGUUAAAGGAAUUUUCUGUUGCUGGGAAUGCUCUGUCUGGAUCAAUACCGUCUGAUCUUGCGAAAUUUAAAGAAGAAAGUUUUGAAGGGAAUAAUGGACUCUGUGGGAAGCCUUUGGGGAAAUGUGGAGGGUUCAAGGGGUUGAGUGGUAAGAGUCUUGGUAUUAUUAUUGCUGCUGGUGUUAUUGGUGCUUUGUUUUCUAUGUUUUUGGGGUUUGUGAUUUGGUGGUGGUUUUUCGUUAGAUAUAAUCGGAAGAAAAGAGGAUAUGGUGUUGACGAUGGGAAAGAUGAUAGUAGUUGGAUUCAAUUAUUGCGUUCACAUAAGCUUGUUCAGGUUUCUUUGUUUCAGAAACCCAUUGUUAAGAUUAAACUGGCUGAUUUGUUGGUUGCUACAAACAGUUUUAAUGCUGGAAAUAUUAUUAUUUCUACAAGAACUGGGGUUUCCUACAAGGCAGUGUUGCCUGAUGGCUCUGCCUUGGUGAUUAAGAGGCUAAGUGCUUGUAAGCUUGGUGAGAAGCAGUUUCAGUCAGAGAUGAAUAGGUUGGGGCAGCUUAGACAUCCCAAUUUGGUGCCAUUGUUGGGAUUUUGUGUUGUGGAGGAAGAGAGGCUUUUGUUGUACAAGCACAUGCCUAAUGGGACAUUGUACUCGCUGCUACAUGGAAAUGGUUUUGUUGAGAGUCAGCAUGGUGUUUUGGAUUGGUCUACCAGGCUUCGGAUUGGUGUGGGUGUGGCAAGAGGAUUGGCUUGGCUGCACCAUGGGUGCCAAUCACCGUAUAUGCACCAGUAUGUUAGUUCUAAUGUGAUUCUUAUUGAUGAUGAUUUUGAUGCCAGGGUAACGGAUUUUGGACUGGCAAGGCUUGUUGGUUCUCGUGAUUCUAAUGAUAGUUCUUUCAUCAAUGGAGAUUUGGGAGAGUUUGGUUAUGUUGCUCCAGAGUGCUCAAGCACUAUGGUUGCUUCAUUGAAAGGGGACGUUUAUGGUUUUGGAGUUUUGCUGUUAGAAUUGGUUACUGGUCAGAAGCCUAUUGAAGUGAGCAUUGCAGAGGAAGGAUUUGAGGGAAAUUUGGUUAACUGGGUUAACCAUUUAGUAAUCACUGGUCGAAGUAAAGAUGCCAUUGAUAAGGCUUUAUGUGGGAAAGGUAAUGACGAUGAAAUUACACAGUUUCUGAAGGUUGCUUGUACUUGUGUGGUUUCUAGGCCUAAGGAUAGGCCUUCUAUGUAUCAGAUAUAUGAGUCAUUGAAGAGCAUGGCUGAGAGACAUGGUUUCUUUGAGGAGUAUGAGGAAUUCCCAUUGAUCUUUGGUAAACAAGAUCCUGAAUUUAAGGAGUAGCUUUGGUGGGUAAAGAAAGAGAAGCACAAAAAAUUGUAACCAAUUUUGCGUCUGGCAGCAUUAUAGGGCAUUUCUAUCACUAAAAUGUAUGCUUUGUUAUGGAAUUCCUUCUCAGUAAUUGCUAUGGUUUCCACAUGGAGAGGAUUCCCUGUAUUAGUGCUCAUUUAUUUGAUAAUUCUGUUACUUCUGUCUUUUGUAUAUUAAAUGAAGCAGUAUGCUCUGUAGUUUAGGAGAUUUUUGUUAUCAAUUUAUCAUUAUGGUAAAUGCUGCUUCUGCCUCUUGGUUUUUCGUUCAUUGAUAUUUCUGGAUGAUUAUGCUAUCUAAUAUUACCAAAGGGAAACCAAUUCUCUGGCUUUA